AUGUUAGAAUCCCUAGUGUCCGCAUUACUUAACAGGUUUUUGGGUGCCUAUGUUGAGAAUUUCGAUCCAAAACAAUUGAAUGUUGGUAUCUGGAAUGGAGACGUUAAGCUUCGUAAUUUGCGAUUGAGAAAAGAUUCUUUGGACGCUUUGGACUUGCCAGUCGAUGUAAAGUUUGGGCAUUUGGGCGAGUUAACAUUGUUAAUCCCUUGGUCCAGUCUAAAGAACAAACCAGUAAAGAUUAUUAUUGAAGAUGUAUACAUGUUGUGUACACCAAGAACGGCAGAAUCAUACUGCUUGCAAGAUCAAGUUGAACGUGAGUUAAAAGUUAAACUACAACGUCUUGCUGAGUUAGAGUUGUCCAAUAGUUCCAAGCCUGAUAUGAAUCCUGAAUCGAAUAGAAAUGAAUCUUUCACUCAAUCAUUACUAACCAAAAUUAUUGAUAAUCUUCAAGUGACAGUCAGAAACAUACAUUUGAGAUAUGAAGAUGUAAAUUCUAUAUUCAGUGAAAAACCUUGUGCAUUUGGGAUUUCUUUGAGUGAACUUUCUGCAGUUUCCACAGAUGAAUCUUGGAAUCCAAGUUUCAUUGCUAUCAAACAACAAAUUACCCACAAAUUAGCAACACUAGAUUCGAUCAGUUUCUACCUCAACACGAGUACAGAAUCAAUAGAUAUUGAUGAUAAGGAAGAACUCUUGGUGAGAUUAAGGGAGUCAAUUGCUGAUAAACAUGGAACUCCAGAAUACCAGUAUUUAUUAAAACCAGUCAAGGGAUCGGCAAGGCUUAAAAUGAAUAAUGCUGGGGCAACCCAAGAUACGCCACAUAUUGAUGUUCAAUUAAUGUUUGAUCAGUUUGCUCUUGUGUUAGAUGAUUGUCAAUACAAAGAAGUUCUUCAUAAUAUGUCAAAGUAUCACUGGUUCCAUAAAACUUUGAAGUUUAGGCGGUUUAGACCAACAUGUGAACCAAAGGAAGACCCCAUUCAAUGGUUCAGAUAUGCGGCCAACUGUGUUUUAUCCGAAAUACAUGAAAAGAAUUAUAGAUCAAGUUGGGAAUAUAUAAAGAAGAGAAGACAAACAAGAGAUGAAUACGUUGCUCUAUUCAAAAAAAAGCUUACCCUUCCAAACAUUACAGAUCCGCUACCAAAUCCAGAUGAUGAAACCAGGCUUAUCGAAUUAGAUAGGGACCUUGAAUUUGAUGACAUUAAAUUCUUUCGCGCUUUCGCAAGAAGGCAAUUUAGUCAAGAGUCUAAAGUCACUAGAAUGACUGAAACGGUAUCCACAAAUUCGAACCCUCAAGGGUGGUUUUCCAGUUGGUGGGGAUCUGGUUCUAAUAAAUCUGAUGAUACUUUAACAAUGACAGAUGAACAAAGAAAAGAACUAUACGAAGCGAUUGAAUAUGAUGAUUCUAAAGAUGCUCUGAAAUCGAUUGAUAUUCCAAGAGAUAGGACUACCGUAAGGGUAACGAACUUACUACAAAAAGGGUCAUUGACAAUUAUUGAUAAAACAAAAGGACAUAGAAUGUGUGAUUUCAUCUUUGAAGAAUCCGCGACGGAGUUUUUAAAGCGUCCAGACUCUUUUUUGUUGAAAUUUGAAUUGAAUAGCUUUCUUGUUGAAGACGGUUCUCCUCAUACUUCAUAUCGUCAUAUUAUUAGUCCAAGGGCAAACCAGGAAAGCUCUGAACCGUUACUGCACUUAUGCUUCGAUAGCUGUCCGAUGGAUGACUCAGCAGAUUCCUUCUUAGAUGUUAAGUUUGGUUCGGUGUUCGUGUAUUACCAUAUACAUUUCAUUAAUGAAUUAUUACGGUUCUUCAAUCCGCCAAAAAAACAUUGGGAAACCAUAUCUGCUAUUAUGAAUGCGGCAGAAGCUACAGUAGAGGGAUGGACAACCCAAACUAGAAUGGGUUUGGAAGCAUUGCUUGACGAGCAUAAAACAAUUGAUGUUAACCUUAAUGCUGCAUCUCCUACAAUCAUCAUUCCCCUCGAUGCCCAUUCUUGGGAAUCACCAUGCGCAAUAAUUGAUGCAGGUUCAAUAAAGAUGCGCAGCGAUCUAGUUCCAAAAGAAGAAAUCAAAAAAAUUAAAGAGCUAAGUGUUGAUGAAUAUGCUAAAAUUGACUCUGCUGAAUUAAAGAGGUUGAUGUUUGACAGGUUCAAAAUUAAGUUAACAAACACCCAAUUUUUGAUUGGUCCAGAUAUGAAGUCUGCAAUCACAAGCAUAAAUGUGAAGCAAACUGAUAAUAAUUUCACCAUCCUUGAAAAAAUGGAACUAGACUUCAUUUUUGAUGUUCUAAUUUUCCCAAAGGCAAUGAAUCUUCCAAAGGCAAGGGCAUCUGUUACGCUACCAAACUUGAAUCUUUUCCUAAAUGACGCUCAAUACAAAAUUAUAAUGCAAUUGAUAGAGCGAUGCACACCAUAUGUUGAUGAAGAUGAUGAUGAUGAUAAUAACGGAGACUCAAGUAGCAGUGAUAGCUUUUCUCAAUUGAUUCCGAUUGAUAAUGCGUCAGAUCGCAACCAAGCUCUUCAAAACCUCAAACAAGCGCUACUUCUCAAACAGACAAAAAAGAUGCUUGAUAAAUUAAGCAAGACUGAAUUAGAACAGGUAUCAUUCGAACUCACAUUAGAUGUCUCAAGGAUUGAGAUAUCUCUCUCCAAAUGUCUUGAAGGCUCUACUAUGAGGUCGACAAAACUAGUAAAGUUGGUUGGUGAACAUCUUUCUCUUGGGCUUGAAAAACGCUUUGUUCAGCUAGGCUUCAACAUAUCUUUGACAGAGCUAAGAUUAGAGGAUCAUAUAUCAAAUUUUGGCUCCACCAACAGGGAGGAAUAUAUUCUAUUCAGUAAUAAUAGUACAAAGCAGCCAAAUCUUUUCGAUAUUAAUGGUUCCAGAACCCAACAGAUAAUUGAAUAUGAGAGUAAACUAUAUGAAGUGUUUGAUAUUAAUGUGGAUCUAAAGAUGUCGGAACUAACACUAUCCUUGAUUCCAAAAUCAAUAUUAACGUUAUUGAAUUUCAUACUGAAUACAUUCACUGAUCCAGAAACUCCCGCAGUUCCAGCCAAUGUCAUUCGGCAAUCAAACCAAACGGAAACCGAUUCAAAACCUGGUAGUACAAAUGUAAACUUGCUAUUAGAUGGUAUCAACAUUAUAUUAAAUGAUGAAUCAUCAAGAUUGGCUACGCUUGGAAUUCAUAAUAGUGAACUUUCUAUUAAUAUGCUACCACAAAGCAUGAAAGUAAAGGCAAAACUAGGUGAUAUGAAAUUGCUUGAUGAAACAAGUGUGGAUCUUCCCAAAAAUUCUAUAUUCAGAGAGCUUAUAUCUCGUGAAGAUGAUGAUCUAGCAGAACUAGUAUACGAAACCUUUGACCCGGAAACUAAUAAGAAUAAUUACGAUUCUUAUCUAUUUUACAGAACAGGAGCCAUGAGAAUAAACUUCGUCGAACAUUCGAUCAACAAGAUUAUUAACUUUUUUGCGAAAUUCCAAAAGAUGAAGGUUUUCUUUGAUACUGCUCAUAACAAUGCUUAUAGUAAAGCUCCUGAUAUUGACACUGUUAAUAAUAUCAAAUUCGAUAUUCUCAUUAAAACUCCAACUAUAUCUUUUCCAAAAUUAAUAGACCCGAGAAAUAAUAGUUAUGACGAGUUGAUCUGGAAGAUGGGUGAUGUUUAUCUAUCAAAUUAUUUCACUGGAGAUGACAACAAACUAGUUAAUAAUGCAUCAGUGGGAAUAAAGAAUACGCAUAUUUCGUCGAUAUUCAACUUUGAAGGUAAUAUGGUACAACAAUUAUCUGCAGUUUCAAACCUGGACUUAAGAUUCGACAUAUUAUAUGAUCAGUACUAUAAAGAAUCAGAGGCUCUUUUAAACAUCACUGGAUUCUUUGCUCCAUUUUACGUUAAUUUAACUGAUCUCCAAAUCCAAUAUAUACUUGGAUUGGUCCAAAAGAUUUCGUCUUCUUUUAUUGUUGAUCAAGUUAACGACGACAUGGAGGAUAUAGAAAUGACAGCUUUGAAUACAAAUUCUAUAAUUGACCCUCAAAAGGAACUUCAUUUGAGUCAAAAUAUUUUCUCACCGGAAAAGAAAGCGUCAGAACUAAACAUUAAAAGUACGAGAGUCGAGUUUGAAUUUAACGCGCCUGAGGUAAGCUUAAGCUUGUAUAACCAUACUAAGGGAGCGCUAUCAAUUGAUGAACUAGGGGUUGCUAGGUUCAACCUUGAGGAUUUUGGUAUUUCUGGUUCAGCUUUGAACUCUUCUUCGUUCGAAUCAGAAAUGCACAUUACAUCGUUCACGGUCGAAGAUAUCAGGUAUUCAAAGACUAGUAAACAUACUCAGGUUAUUCCAAAAAUUGAAGGGGAACAUCAUCAAUUUAUGGCUUCGUUCAAUUAUAGUGAAGGGAAAGAAUCCUCAAACCUUACUUUUGAAGUUACUAUAGAUAGUCCAAAGAUCGUAUUAGCUACGGAAUUUAUCUUGUCAUUACAAGAUUUCCUAACGAGUUCAUUUACCUCACAACAACCUGCCAACCUCCAAGGAUUGGCUCAACAUAACAAUGGCAUAGAACCUGAUCAAAAUGAUGAAACUUCUGAGUUGAAAAAUGAAAAAAGUAAAAUGAGCGUCAGUUACUCUAUAAAUGUUGUAGAUUCUGCCGUUAUUUUAUUAGCAGAUCCUGCGGAUAGCCAUUCAGAAGCCAUCGUUUUCACAAUUGGUCAGUUUUUAAUAGCGAAUCAGAAUGUCCUUUCUAUAUCAGCUAAUAAUGUUGGACUCUUCUUGAGUAGGAUGGGCACGUUGAAAACUAAUAGGAUUAGAGUAUUAGAUGACUUCUCUAGUACCAUAUUAAUUGACGGUCGAGAUUCUACUCCAGAAAUGCUAAAAACUCAAAUACACUCCUCAGUGGGACCAUUGAUGCUUCGGUUAUCAUUGAGAGAUAUCAGAUUGGCAAUGAGAAUUUUUGACUCGGCUCUUUCAAUGGCAAAAGAUAAAGGUCUAAUAAGUAAAACAGAUUCUGAGAAGAAAGAAGAUGAUAUCAAUACUAAAUAUGGAAGGUUUUCUAAGGAGUUCAAAAACAAAAUCAAAAAAUACGCUCCUAGUAUGGUAUCCUCAUUUAGUGAGCUUUCGAAUGCGAUUCAAAGAAACUCUGUCCAUAAGUCCACUAAGAUCAUUGCAAAAGCUGAGAAAUUGCAUUUGGAUUUCGCAGGGAUGAGAAUUGUUCUAAUAGGUGACAUUCAUGAGCUUCCAAUUGCAGACUUCAAUGUGAACUCAUUCUCAGUAGAUGCCAAGGAUUGGUCCACGAAUAUUGAUGCCAUUUCUACAAUUGAAAUGUAUGCCAGUGCAUUCAAUUAUUCUAGAUCAAGUUGGGAACCGCUUAUCGAAGUGUUUCCGCUAACAUUCCACCUGUCAAAAGAUGAUGAAACAGGUAAUGCGUUUAUGUUUGACAUUAUUGCUCGUAAAAAUGUUGAGAUCACCCUAUCAUCUCGUACAAUUGCUUUAUUAUCUCAAAUUCCUGCUUCUUUAACUAAGGUUCAUGAUCUAAAACCUCGUGGAGCAGAAAGACCUUAUCGUAUUCAUAAUGAUACAGGCCACCCUCUAAAUAUAUGGAUUAAGAAUACUGAGGAUGGCUCUCCUGGUAAAAAAACAAAUCUCACAAAACUAGAACAGGGAGCAAUAAUCGAUUGGGAAUUCGAAGAUUGGAGGGUAGUUAGAGAGACGUUGAAUACUGAUAAGAAUAUCUUACAGGUAUCGUUUGAUUCCGAAGUUUACACAAAUGUAAUUGAGGUGGAUGCUACAAAGGAAGGUGAAACAGUCCAUAUGCUUUCUCCCCCAGUGAAUGGGGUUCAUAACCGUUUACUCGUUGGUAGUAAACUUCUGAAGAAUAAUGUAAAGCAAAUUUCAUUUGGUUCCACCCUAUUAUUCUUCAACUCAACAUCUACAGAAAUUGAAGUGGGUUUAUUCGAUAAGGCUCAGACAACACUGAUCAAAACAAUUGAACCCAGAGAAACUAAAGCUAUACCAAUUGAUUUGGCAUACAACUCUUCUUUCCAAUUGCGCCCAAAAAUAUCUGGAGCUAAAUAUCAAUGGUCAAAGACACCUUUGUUCUGGAAACUUUUAAGAGAAGCGCCAAAUUCGCUAACUUGUGCUUCCGAGAGUAAUGCGCCGCCAUUUUAUUUUGAGGCAGAAGGUUUAGUUGAAAAGGAUGACCCUCUUUCGAAAAUAUAUCCUCGAAUGACUGUAUCAGUUUCUGCCCCAUUAGUUUUGGAGAAUUUGCUCCCCGAAAAUAUAUCAUUCUGUUUAAUGGGUAAGGAAGACAAGCAUAGACAAGAGAUGUACUUGGAGGCAGGUUCGAGUAUUCCAUUGCAUAACGUCUCAUUGGAGUCGUAUUUAUUCCUAUCUGUAAAACCAGAUGAUGAUAUAUUCCAGUGGUCAAAUGAGACUCUGGUAAAUAGUCCAGACAUUUCGGAAUUACAGGAGGAGUAUAGAACAUUAAUAAAAACGGUUGAUGGACAAAAGCUUUACCUUAACUUGAAAUAUCAUUCAGAUGGAAGAAGGGCUAAAACAAUCAGUAUAUAUGCACCUUACGUUAUUUUAAACAAGACGACGCACGAUUUAUCGGUCUUUAGUGACAGACAAUGGGGGGUCCUCAAAUCGAAUGUCUUUUUGGAAAAUGACAAAAAGGUUGCUAAACCAAAAAUGUUCUCAUUCCAGUAUGAAGAUUAUAACAGGAAUAGAGCUAAAAUUAAGUUUACAGAGACAAAUCCGAGUGUUCCAGUUUCUUUUGAUGCUAUAGGGCAAUCUGUGGAUGUUUCUUUGGAGUUAUUAAACCAUGAUCAGGAGUGUAAUUUGGGAAUAAGUGUGAAAGAAGGUGAAGGAAAAUAUCGCUUUACUAAAAUAGUUGAACUCUGUCCAAGAUACAUUUUCCGUAACAGCAUGCAAGAAUCUCUAGAAAUAAUGGAGUAUGGCACCAGUAGUCCAACACUUCUCGGUCCAAAUGAAGUAAUUCCUCUUUAUUUCUUAAAAAGGACGUUGAGUAAAAAGUUUGUUGCAAGAUUUGCAAAGAUACCUUCAACAUGGUCAAAUCCAUUUAGGCUCAAGGACGUAGGGGAGACAUUUGUUAAGAUGAAUAUAACAGAUGCUGCCCAGAGAUUAGUAAAAAUGGAGAUAUCAUUAGAAGGAGCCACCUUGUUUAUCAAUGCAACUGAUUCGGAUGAUAAUUGGCCUUAUUCAAUUAGAAACUUUAGCGACAAUGAAUUCUUGUUCUGGCAAAGGAACCCUCGCUUUGUGGAUGAGGAAAGCGAUGAACUUGAUUAUUAUUAUCAAGAAGACGAGGAUGAGGUUGAUUUUGAGCCAAUUUAUUAUCGUAUACCUCCUAGAAGUGUCAUGCCAUAUUCUUGGGAUUAUCCAAGCGCUAAACAAAAGAAGCUUUAUAUUCACACAAAAAACCGCCGCCGUGAAAUUGACUUGAAUGAAAUAGGAAAUCUCAGGCCGAUUAGAAUUCCACCAGACAAUCCAAAAAAUCCACCCACUAUUGUUGACAUCAAUAUCUUAAUGGAUAAUGGAGUCCAAGUUCUAGUGUUGAGUAAUUACAAUCAAGAACAAAGUCUAUAUAAACUACGGUCUCAAAGGAGACUAGAAAGUGAAUCAUCUCUUGCCUCUAGUGUCACUUCUAAAUCGGAUAGAUUCGAGGUUGAUGAAGAUAUGGACUCAAAAUUAAAUGCCAGAGUUGUUUUAUCCUUUUCGGGUAUCGGAGUCUCUUUCAUAAAUCAACGCCUUCAAGAGUUAUGUUAUCUUAACAUUCUUGGUUUAGAGUUCAGAUUCAAUGAUAGUGAAAUGUACCAAAAUCUUUCAUUUAAAAUAAAAUGGUUGCAAAUUGACAACCAAUUAUUUGGCGGAAUAUACGAAACGGUUUUGUACCCAACUAAAAUUCCAAAAGAAUCUAAAGAAAUUGAUAUCCAUCCAUCAUUGUCUGGAUCUAUUUCAAAGGUGAAGGAUGAAUCAUCAAGCUUAAUGAAUUUCAAAAUGGCAACUAUACUUUUGCAGGAAAUGACUAUCCAAAUCGAUGAAGAUUUCUUAUUUGCUUUAAUUGAUUUUGUUCACGUCCCUGGUGCAGCUUGGAAUGAAAAUACUGAUUAUGAUGACAACAAUAAUGAAGCCUUUAUAUUGAAUAAAUGUUCCAUCCCAGACUUCCCAACGACUAUAAAGAGUAACAAAGUAUAUUUCGAAAUGCUACACUUACAACCCACGCUAUUGCAUCUUUCUUUUGUCAGAACAGACAGGGUUAAUGUGGAAGAGGAAAAAACUAGUGGUAAUAGUCCUAUCAACUACUUCAUAAAUGUUUUGACAAUGGCGCUAGGGAAUAUCGAGGGAGCUCAAAUAAAGUUAAACUCGUUAUUGCUUGAACAUGUAAGAGUGUCUCCUCCGACAUUAAUUGCAGCAAUAGAAUCACAUUAUGCUCAACAAUUCUUCUACCAACUUCAUAAGAUUCUUGGAUCUGCUGAUUUCCUUGGAAACCCUGUUGGCUUUUUCAAUAAUAUCAGUUCAGGAGUGAUGGAUAUAUUUUACGAACCAUACCAAGGAUAUAUUAUGAAUGAUAGGCCACAAGAGUUGGGAAUAGGUAUUGCUAAAGGUGGUUUGUCGUUUUUGAAAAAGUCCGUAUUUGGUUUUUCAGACUCGUUCUCUAAAAUGACAGGAUCAAUGGCAAAAGGUUUAUCUGUUGCCAUUCAGGAUACAUCUUUCCAAGAAAGAAGAAGGUUACAACAGAGACAGAGAGGUAAAUUUGGGAGUGUUGGAGUUGGUGCUUCAUCAUUUUUCAAUAACGUCACCAGUGGUAUUACAGGUGUUGCAUUAGAUCCUUAUUCAGGCGGUGCCAAGGAAGGGCCUUUGGGAUUCAUAAAAGGCGUUGGCAAAGGGCUUAUUGGGCUUCCGGCUAAAACUGCAAUCGGGGUACUAGACCUUGCUAGUAACGUGAGUGAAGGUAUUAGAAAUUCGACAACACUAAUGGAUGGUGGACAAAUAGAGAGAGUUCGGUUACCAAGAUAUGUUGGUUCAGACAAUCUAAUUAAGCCCUACAAUCUUAGAGAUUCACAAGGUCAAUAUUGGCUCAAAUCUUGUAACGGUGGCCAAUUCGCAAAAGAUAUAUAUGUAGGCCACGUUAUUUGUGAAACCCCAGCUGGCUUCCAGAUUGUAAUUGUAUCCCUCCAACGGAUAUUGCGGAUGCAGCUAUCCAAUCUAACUGUAAUGGAACAUAUUCCCUUCAACACUAUCCGUAACGUGAAGGUUUCCAAGACAGGUAUCACAAUAUAUACUGCUGAAAGAGAGUACUUCUUCUCAGUUCCUAAAGAUGAGGAAAGAAGAUAUUUGUAUAAACUUGUUCAUGCUGCAGUUGUUGAGUUCAACAGCAAAUGGCAGGUCCAGCUAUGA